AUGGAGUUAAAAAUGGAAGACACGCUCAAGAAAGCAGCAGCAGCGUCUUCUGGUGCAUUGCUUACGUCAUUGUUUGUGACACCACUGGAUGUGGCAAAAGUGCGCAUUCAGUCGCAGAUUCAAGCAAGUAUAAUCUCGCCCAAGUCACUUGCCGACCUGCGCGUGAUACACUCAAGUGUUGGUACUCCGAUCAUUGAACAAUGUCGCUGUCGUAGUCGCUGUGUAUGUAAUCGAUGCAUCACUCGUCCUGUCGAUCAGUUGAAAGAUAUGCGACGCGGGUGUAAAUCCAUGUCCGUGAUGCGCCUCUCCUGUUCACGAACCAUGGCGCCUCCUCUUUUCCAAAGCACAUUUCAUGCAUUGCGUCACAUCUUUCAGACUGAAGGACUUAAGGGAUUGUUUGCAGGUUUGUCACCCGCUAUGGUCAUUUCUGUACCGUCAACUGUGCUGUAUUAUAUAUCGUACGAUUUUUUAUUGCACGAGGGACGUCAGAAAUUGCCAGAGUUGGAGAGCUUGACGCCGUUGAUGGCAGGCAUAACGGCGAGAACCGUUGCGGCGACGAUUACAUCACCUAUUGAGCUAGUAAGAACGAGAAUGCAGGGAGUGAAUGCUGGAACUAGUAUUUUGUCUACAUUUCAGCACGCAGUACGACGCGGAGGAUACAUGUCAUUGUUGAAUGGAUUGGGAGCGACGUUGGCACGCGACGUGCCGUUCUCGGCCAUCUACUGGAUGUCAUACGAGAAUCUUCAGAGACGAUUGAUUGCAACGAAGGAAGAAAUGACAAGAACACAUAGAGCGUUUGUGUGUGGCGCAGUAUCCGGUGCUAUUGCUGCUACAAUUACGACUCCUUUUGAUGUGGUAAAGACGCUGCAGCAAGUAUCAAUGACUGCACAAGGAUCGCAGACGUCUGGAAUGCGGAUGCUUCGACAGGUUGUGGCCAGCAAGGGCAUGGCUGGUGCUUUUACGGGACUUGGUGCACGUCUUGCGCGGGUGAUGCCAUCGUGUGCUAUCAUGAUUUCUUGCUACGAGCUUGGAAAGGAGAAAUUAGGUGUUGCAUGA